CUCGCUCGGCUCAGCGCAGCGCAGCGCAGCGCAGCUCGGCGGCAGCCGCCAAGCCGAGGCGGGUGCGAUCCGCGACUCGCCAGCGUCGGCUCCCUGCUCCCUCUCUCGGCCCUGGCUCCACCGGGGUUUGCCUUGGUCGGGACCACUGCAGGCGGGGAAGUCGCGCCGCGAGGACGGACGGCCGUGGCACAAAGUUGGGGUCCCGCGAAGAUGAGGCUGUCCCCGGUCUCCCUGAAGCUGAGCCGGACUCUGGCGCUGCUGGCCUUGGCGCUGCCCCUGGCCGCAGCUCUGGCCUUCUCCGACGAGACCCUGGACAAAGUGACCAAGUCGGAGGGCUACUGCAGCCGCAUCCUGCGCGCUCAAGGCACGCGGCGCGAAGGUUACACCGAGUUCAGCCUGCGCGUGGAGGGCGACCCCGAGUUCUACAAGCCUGGAACCAGCUAUCGCGUGACGCUUUCCGCCGCUCCUCCCUCCUACUUCAGAGGAUUCACAUUAAUCGCCCUCAAAGAGAACAGAGAGGGUGAUAAGGAAGAAGAUCAUGCUGGGACCUUCCAGAUCAUAGAUGAAGAAGAAACCCAGUUUAUGAGUAACUGCCCCGUUGCCGUGACUGAAAGCACUCCACGGAGGAGGACGAGGAUCCAGGUGUUCUGGAUUGCACCUCCAGCAGGAACCGGCUGUGUGAUUCUCAAGGCCAGCAUCGUACAGAAACGCAUUAUUUAUUUUCAAGAUGAGGGCUCUCUGACGAAGAAACUGUGUGAGCAAGAUUCCACUUUUGAUGGGGUGACUGACAAGCCCAUCUUAGACUGCUGUGCCUGUGGAACUGCCAAGUACAGACUCACAUUUUAUGGGAAUUGGUCCGAGAAGACACACCCAAAGGAUUACCCCCGUCGGGCCAAUCACUGGUCAGCAAUCAUUGGUGGAUCGCACUCCAAGAAUUAUGUGUUGUGGGAGUACGGAGGAUACGCCAGUGAAGGUGUCAAACAAGUGGCAGAAUUGGGCUCACCAGUGAAAAUGGAGGAAGAAAUUCGACAACAGAGUGACGAAGUUCUCACUGUCAUCAAAGCCAAAGCCCAGUGGCCAGCGUGGCAGCCUGUCAAUGUGAGAGCAGCGCCAUCAGCUGAAUUUUCCGUGGACAGGACACGCCACUUGAUGUCCUUCCUGACUAUGAUGGGCCCCAGCCCCGACUGGAAUGUGGGUCUGUCAGCGGAGGAUCUGUGCACCAAGGAAUGCGGCUGGGUGCAGAAGGUGGUGCAAGACCUGAUUCCCUGGGAUGCCGGCACCGACAGUGGUGUGACCUAUGAGUCCCCCAACAAGCCCACAAUUCCCCAGGAGAAAAUCCGGCCCCUAACCAGUCUGGACCAUCCUCAGAGUCCUUUCUACGACCCAGAAGGUGGUUCCAUCACUCAAGUGGCCAGAGUUGUCAUCGAGAGAAUCGCCCGAAAGGGGGAACAAUGCAAUAUUGUACCUGACAAUGUGGAUGAUAUCGUGGCUGACCUGGUUCCAGAAGAGAAAGAUGAAGAUGAUACCCCUGAAACCUGCAUCUACUCCAACUGGUCCCCAUGGUCCGCCUGCAGCUCCUCCACCUGCGACAAAGGCAAGAGGAUGCGGCAGCGCAUGCUGAAGGCACAGCUGGACCUCAGUGUCCCCUGUCCAGACACCCAGGACUUCCAGCCCUGCAUGGGCCCCGGCUGCAGUGAUGAAGACGGCUCCACCUGCACCAUGUCCGAGUGGAUCACCUGGUCGCCUUGCAGCAUCUCCUGUGGCACAGGCAUGCGGUCGCGGGAAAGAUAUGUGAAGCAGUUCCCCGAGGAUGGCUCCGUGUGCACGCUGCCAACCGAGGAGACCGAGAAGUGCACAGUCAAUGAAGAGUGCUCUCCCAGCAGCUGCCUAAUGACGGAGUGGAGCGAAUGGGAUGAGUGCAGCGCCACCUGUGGGAUGGGCAUGAAGAAGCGGCAUCGCAUGGUCAAGAUGAGCCCCGCGGAUGGUUCCAUGUGCAAGGCAGACACGUCCCAGACCGAGAAGUGCAUGAUGCCCGAGUGCCACACCAUCCCAUGCUUGCUGUCCCCGUGGUCCGAGUGGAGCGACUGCAGUGUGACCUGUGGGAAGGGCAUGCGGACCCGCCAGCGGAUGCUGAAGUCUCUAGCGGAACUCGGAGACUGUAACGAGGAGCUGGAGCAGGCGGAGAAGUGCAUGCUGCCUGAAUGCCCCAUUGACUGUGAACUCACCGAGUGGGCCCAGUGGUCAGAAUGCAACAAGUCAUGUGGAAAAGGUCACAUGAUUCGAACCCGGAUGAUCCAAAUGGAGCCUCAGUUUGGAGGUGCACCCUGCCCAGAAACUGUACAGCGGAAGAAAUGCCGUGUACGCAAAUGCCUUCGAAAUCCAUCUAUCCAGAAGCUGCGCUGGAGGGAGGCCCGAGAGAGCCGGAGGAGUGAGCAGCUGCGGGAGGAGUCUGACGGGGAGCAGUUCCCAGGCUGUAGGAUGCGCCCUUGGACAGCCUGGUCAGAAUGCACCAAACUGUGCGGAGGCGGGAUUCAGGAACGCUACAUGACUGUAAAAAAGAGGUUCAAAAGCUCCCAGUUUACCAGCUGCAAAGACAAGAAGGAGAUCAGAGCAUGUAACGUCCACCCUUGUUAGCAAGGGCACAAGUUCCCCAGGGCUGCACUAUAGAGUCCAGAGUCACCAAUGGCUGGAUUGUUUGCUUAAGACAAUUUAAAUUGUGUUUGCUAGUUUUCAUUUUUUGCAGUGUGGUUUGUCAACUAGUCUUGUGGAUGCCAGAGCCAUUCUUCCUGAAUGCUUCCUGGUGGGUACAGGCUGAAUGGGGCUCCCACGCUCUCAUCUGGCCUUCUUUCUGCUCAGAAUCACGUACGUAGUAUCAGCCACC